AGGGUCGUGAAGGCGUACCAGGUAGUACGGGACCCCGUGGACAGUUCGGGUCAGCAGGAAAGAAAGGACGUCUAGGAAAAGGUGGAAUUGAUGGUCACAAGGUAAACACGUUGUAUAUAUAGUAGCGCUAUAACUGGCAUAUACCUAUUUACCACUGUGGACAAAUAAACGUCCAUUAACAAUAAUUACAUAGGUGAUUAUUGACAAUUCUCCACGCUGAUUGGUUGCCGUUGAGGUGAUUAUAAAGCGAUAAUCACCUAAGCGUUUUUCAAAAUGGCGGCCGAAGCCGUUCUGUCAAUUAAAUGACGAAGAAAUCACCUAUGAAAUUAUACUAAAACAAUUUUUCACCUCAGGCUCGAUGAUUAUCGUGAUUAAAAACCUCGACUUCGUCUCGGUUUUUAUUCACCGAUAAUCACCUCGCCUUCGGCGAAUAAUUUUUAAUUUGAAACAAUAUUUGGCAAAUUAAAUUAAGCUACUUACGUAAUUCGUACUACACAACUUUUACCUAAAACUGUCGCAUGCAACCUGCUUUCAGUUUGAGUUGUACUGACUACUGUGUAAAUCAAACACACAACUCGCUUACGUUGUUGUAGUAGAGUUGUGUUCUUGAUUUACACAGAACAACUCAAAUUGUGAGCGGGUUGUAUGCGACAGUUUUAGGGGAAUGUUGUGUGGUGUAAAUUAGCCUUUAAAGAAAGUUAAUCCUGUUCCAACUGAUCAAUCAUGUUCCAGAAUCAAGUUUAUUUGUUACAUUUAUUUUCAUUUCCUUUCUACUUUCCACGAAUCGUUGAAUAUAGUUGCUUUGCUUGCAUUUCGUUAAUAAAUAAUGGGGAAAAAACCUGAUAGAUAAUUAUUUUUCUAGGGUCGUGCUGGUCAUCCUGCUAAUCGCGGAAAGCGUGGUCGUGUCGGUUUAAGAGGGCAGGAGGGAAGCUCUGGGUUACGAGGAGAUACAGGGAUUACUGGGGAACAUGGUAAUCGGGGUGACAUGGGACCUAAUGGAUUGCCUGGUGCCCCAGGUCACGAGGGACCCAGGGGUAAACGCGGAGAUAAAGGUUCCAUGGUAAGUGAAUUUAAUAUACUAUACUAUACUAUAGUAAAUAUGUAUGUGAUCAAAUCCGAAUAUGAGGACUGGACUGGAUUAAUGGAUUUCAAUACCGAGCAUUACGAGGCAAAACCGAAAACUACAGCUAACUGCAUGACAUCCCACACCCAUAUUCAUGAGUCAUUAAUUUUGAUCCAAUCCUUAGACUGGAUCAAUACACCAGGUUUCAUCAUGUGAGGAAAAUAAAGUAUUAGGCUUCGCUAAUUUACUCAUGAAUAAUAAAUGAGUUUGAAAUAUGUAUGUUGAGUAGUAUUUACAAAGCACGUGCAGUAUAUAAUAAGACUAUACAGUAUGAAUUUACCGGAACCAGGUACUCGGCGUACGUAUAUAAAUAUACCGAACAAUCCUCCAUACGAAUUUCUCCAUCAUCUCUCGGUUCCAUAAGUGGCCAUGCACGUUGCAAAUUUAGGCUGAUGAGGGCACUAGAGGAACAUUUAAGAGCUUGAAAAAGUGCAUUGUGCACAAUGUAAAGGCCAAAACACACCGAAUUAUCGUAGGGCCGUACGCAAGAUUUUUUCACCAGGGGGCAGUAAUACCUAUAUGCUGAAAUUAAGUACCCAAAUGUCAAUGCAUUGAAAGUCAUAUCAGUUAGAUGCAUGCUUUUGGCCGCCCCGUACAAAAUGAUACAUUCUCUUUCACAAGAUCAUAAGCGCCAUUUGGCUUAAUAAUUUAUAAUAACGUUAUAAAAUUAGUAAAUAAAUUGGGAGGGCAGUUGCCUCUGCUUCCCCCCCCCCCUGCGCACGGCCCUGAAUUAUUGUCAUCAUGAUCAAGAAAUUCCAAAAGAUAUUCGGCUUCUAUAAACGGAUAGAAGGCAUUCCAGUUUCGUUCCAGGAAUUCUUAGCUACUAACAAUAAUUUAUAUAUGCUUUUAGGGAGACCCAGGUUCAAUUGGUGGUCAAGGGAAGGAAGGACCUUUUGGAGUUGCGGUAUGUGUACAGUAAUUCUUUUUAUCUGCUACACUACUGUACGAUUUGCGAUAAUUGAAAUAUAUUUUAAAUAUUCUCUUUAACAGGGAGGCGAAGGUUCUGAAGGAUCACGUGGAGAGAGGGGCGACAAAGUAAGUUGAAUGUUACCUGAGAAUAAGAUUAUUUGCAAUACACGCUUCCGGAAAGUACGGCAUCUUGGCUAUCGAGCCUCGUUUUCGUGAUUGAAACGUGAAGUUUAAUUAAUGUCACAUACACGAAAACGAGGCUCUGUAGCAGGGUUUUAUAUUCUUCUAUAAUCCCCCCCCCCCCUGGGGUGGAGGAAAAGAAUCAAAGGGUCUUAGGGCUAGGGAAGAAAAUCAAAGAAGAGUAGAACAAAUGGAAAGGCAGAGGGAAAAGUAGAGAAAAUUUCCGUGGGUAAUUCGUGAAAAUCAGUGUUUCCACUUUCCAAAAUGAUUUUUUCUAAUUUUUUCCUAAUGGAAAGUAACUUAAAUAAAUAUGAAAAGCUUUACUGAGGAUUGCAAAUUUAGUAAAUAAUAACUUAUAACUAGGUAAUUUAUAAUUUAGGUAUUUUAUUCUAUCUUGGGGAGGGGACAAACAUACUAUGUCACAGUAUUACUAUUAGGUACAGGCCUUUGAGGCACAUGUCAGUCCUGUUACACCCCGUUAGUAACGACCACCGCCCUAAUACCAUUACCAAAGUCUGGGUCAGAAAGCGGAAGCAAUCAAAUAUGCAGGCAUUUGGUCGAUUUCUUUUGGAUCUUAACUGGAAUGUACUUUCGCAGCUACCCGAUUGUCAAAAAAUGUGUGACCUGUUUUAUGACAUUAUUCUCAUGGGUUUGGAUACAAUUUUCCCCAAAAAAUCUGUUAAACUUCACUGUAGAGACAAAGCGUGGAUUACCCCUGAAAUCAAACUCCUCAUCUCCCAACGACAAAAGGCCUUUGCCUUGGGAAAUACAAUUGAAUACAACAAAUUGCGAAAUAAAGUAAUUCACGUCGUGAAACAGGCAAAGUCUAAAUACUUCGAGUCUCAAGUGAAUCAUCUAAAAAAUUCAAAGCCAAGGAAAUGGUGGAGUGCUAUUAAAAACCUAGCUGGCUUUUCUUUAAAGCCUGCCUUCCAUUCUGCAGAGGUGAAUGGAACUAUCUUGCAGGGACGAGACUUAGCGUUCGCUGUUAAUAAUGGGUUUUUAGCCGCCACUAAAUCGUUACCGCCGCUUUCAAUUACUGAUAAAUUAUCUGUGGAUAUAUCUUCAGACCUGCGACCUAUAUCUCUGACCGCCACGCUCUUAAAGGUUCUUGAAUCAUUUCCAUUUCAAUGGAUUAUGGAUACCAUUAAGUCUCAGUUGGACCCAAAGCAAUUCGGAUCGUUAAAAGGCUCUUCUACGAUAGACGCAUUAAUUAGCAUGUUCCACUGUUGGUAUUCUAACACAGACGGCAAUGGCGAGACUGUUCGUGUUUUUCUGCUUGACUUUAGUAAAGCAUUCGACAGAAUCAACCACAAAAUCCUGAUAAAAAAGAUGCAAUUACUAAAUAUUGAUAAAUCCUUAAUAAACUGGGUUAUUGAUUUCCUGAUGCAAAGAAGACAGAGGGUGAAAUUGGGUUCUUCGUUCUCUGAUUGGUCCUUGAUAAAUGGAGGCGUCCCGCAAUGUACAAUCCUUGGCCCAUUACUUUUCCUCAUCAUGGUCAACGAUUUGGCUAUUAACCACAAAGAUAGAUGGAAAUAUGUUGAUGACACUAGUCUCUCCGAAACAAUCGGUAAAGGUUGUCAAAGUAACCUGCAAUCUGUUAUUAAUAAUAUCGAUCAAUGGUGCACGGAAAAUGAUAUGAUGCUUAAUCGUUCUAAGUGCAAAGAACUAAUUAUCUCGUUCGCUAAGGACGUCCCUAAUCUUCGACCAUUGUUUAUUAAAGAUCACUGUAUGUCCCCAGUUUUAUCAGCAAAGGUUCUUGGUCUGUACUUUUCUUCUGAUCUUAGUUGGAACUUACAUGUUGAACACAUAGUAUACAAGGCAUCAAAGAGACUUUUUUUCUCCGAGUGCUUAAACGCAGCGGUCUUGGAGGGAGUUCUCUAAUUCAAGUCUAUACCACAUGUAUACGACCUGUGCUUGAAUAUGCAUGCCAGGUUUGGAACUUAAACUCCCCUGACUAUUUAAAGGAAGAAAUCGAAAGAAUUCAGAAGCGAGCCCUACGAAUAAUAUGUCCUGACCUGUCAUACCGCAAAGCCUUGGAAGUUCAUGAAUUAUCGUUGCUCUCUCAAAGACGAAAUAAUUUAUGUAAAUCCUAUUUUAAGAAACUUCUCAACCCGGAAAAUAAAUUGAAUGAACUUAUCCCUAAUAAACGCGAGGACUUACGUACUUACAAUCUACGUAACGAUCAGCAUAUUAACUUAAUUAAUUGUAAGACUACAAGAUUUAGUAAAAGUUUUAUUCCUUCUAGUAUCGUAUCAUAUAAUGAUUCAUUUUAAUUGUAAUAUAAAUUUUAGUUUUAAUAUACCGUAUAUUACUAUAUGUAUUAGUUUUACCAUGUAUUUUAAAUGUCAACUCUGUACAAUUCAGCUCUUAGCUGCCAUUCAGAUUUUGUAAUAAAUUCAAUACAAUUCAAAAAAAAAAUAAUAAAUAUACGUGCAUGGUGGUAUCUCAACAAAACGAAACAAUCUUGUAGUUAUUUCAUCAUGCAAACAUACAAGGAAAUUAUAAGGUUAUUUUUCCCCCUAAACAAACUGAGGUGAAAGAACAAUGUCAGAGCGACAAUACCAGCUCUCGAUACAUCACCUUUCAUGUAGAAAAUGAAUAUAUAUGCAGUUUAAUAGCUUUCUUACUAAAGCCAUGCAGGCCUAUUAGAUUUGGGCUUAUUUACUUACAAACAGUAUGAUUCCCUAGCAUUUCAGUUCCUGCACGCAUUCUCUGAUAUAUGUAUUGUUGACUUUGAAUACUAACAUAUAAGAAGGGCAUUUUCUUAUCCCUGCCAGUGAAAGACAAUAGGGCACGACUUGCCCCCAAUGCGUCCAUAGUCUUGAAUAUAUAUGUUUAAAAACUGUAGUACAUGUUGCUGCCCCAAAUUACAUAUGUUUUCAACACUGAUUAUAUCAAUAUGUGCAUUUCUAGGGUGAAGUUGGUCCUCCAGGAUUUCAAGGAAAUCGCGGUGAUAAAGGCCCAGUGGUAAGAUAUUCUAAUCAAUUACUAUUUCAUUAAACAAGGACGUUAGAAAAAUACAUUUCGCAACUAUAUAGUCCGCGUUAUAGGCGUGUAAACGUCUGUUAUUAUUCUUUCUCACUUGUUCAGCAAUUGGUUAAACAACGUCGUAUUGCUUAAUGAAUAUAAAUAGGAAUUUAUGUGUAUGAGUAGGAUUUUGCUUUAUUUCUUGUGUAGGGAGAUAAAGGAAUCCUAGGAUAUCGAGGAGGCCGAGGUGAAGAAGGGGAUCAGGUAGACUUUAAGAAAAAUUUCCUUUAUUGAGUUUAUUCAAACUGUGUAGUUCAGACUUGUCCCUUGUCGGAAUGGGUACCAAGAGGUCUAGGCUGUAGCUACGAGAGAAUAAGGCUAGCUGUGAUACAAACAAAAUCAUGAAUAUAUUUUAAACUUAAACUUUGUUUAAAAUAUUUUGCUAACCUUGGAGAGUAAACACUUCCAACGUAAAUGUAUGGUGUAUAUAACAUUAUCAGGGAAUUUUUUGUGUUGGUAUUGUGCACUCAGGUGCAUGAAUAUGAUGUUUGUGAUGUUACUCUGAGUGUAACGCUCAGUUGGAAGAGCAUUGGGCUAGUAUUCCAAAGGUCGUAGGUUCGAUUCCCACCAUGGUCAGGCAUAUUUUUCACACUGAGAGUAACAUCACAAACAUUAUCAAGAAAGUAUUGUAAUCAUAUCGUUUUUUAAGAGAACACAAAACAGCAAAAAUAAAAAAGAAUUUACCUCAUGAGGAUUUACUAAUGAGGAAAUAUGUCGUGCGUGACUAUUAAAUUUAUCUGAAUAUUCCUCAGUGUUUUUUUUACUCUUCUCUCCACUUCGUCUCGUUUUACUUUCUCUCGCCGCGCUCGGAACGGAGACUUUCCUUGGAUCAUCUCAUAUAUUAGACAUCCAAGACCCCACCAGUCUGGGGAAAACGUGUAACGUUCAUUACCGAAAGUCUUCCUUUUAACCUUUAUCCAGGGAGCAGUUGGUGCUAUGGGUCCUGAGGGACCAGCUGGUCAAGAAGGUUUAAGGGUAAGAUGAGCAUCUACUACAUAUAUGCUGUACAUAAUGUACUUGCGCAUUACCAUAUUACGUGUCAAAAUCAAAUCAAUUUAUUCACACUAUUUUAACAUAUAUACAUUAUUAACUAUAAGUAAUUCAUUUUUUAAGUAUAUAAAAGAAAAUGAUAAAAUGAACGAAAAUAUUUAAAACGUGCACGACGGUUAAAGGAGCAUCAGCUUUCGAGUUAACCACCGUCUACGUAUGAAUAAAUAACUAAGCGGUUGAAUUACAUAAUUCGUGUACAGUUAUGAUGCGCGAUUAGUAGUUUUUGAACUUUACAUAGAGUUUAUGCAUAUUGCCACCUUGAUAAAAAUAAGCUAUGCCAAUUUCCAGGGUCAAUAUGGGGAAGCUGGUAUUGAUGGUCCAGAUGGGGAAACUGGUAAAAAGGUACUGUACAUGUAGGUGUUUGAAAGGCAUCUUUUCUUUAGCAAACCUGCAAUAUUUUAUGCAUGCAGCUUUGUAAAUACAAAGAAUUUAAUUCAUUCCCAAUUAUGAUUAAUUCAAUGGUGUGCUUUUUAUGGUGUAUGUGCAACUCAUUUUUAUAACAAUAAUAUCAUUGUUUUUCUACGGCAGUGAUCUAUUUAUUCUUGCUCACUCUGCAAAACGUUAAUUGGUGGAAGAAACCGAGUACUCUGUGAAAUCUCAAGACUUUUGUUCCAUACAAGAAAGCUAGUAAUCUAGCUAGUGCAGAGGAGCGAGAAUAAUGAGCCCACAAAUCAUACUAUACUGAUGCAGUUUUUAACAUGCAUUUACAGUAAAUAAUUGCACGGCUUUAAGAUUCAUUACUGUACCCUGCAGUAAACCAAGGGUAGUAGAGAAUUGUACAAUAGCUAACCAUACAUUUCCUUUAUAAAUAGGGCGACGACGGUAGUAAUGGUCUUCGUGGCCGUCAUGGAGAAAAAGGUUUCAAGGUUAUGCCAGUUUCUAUAAAGUCGCAAAAAUUAAAUUUCGCAAUAUAUGCAAAAACGACUGAUUGGAAAUUAUAUUAACUGCUUCUUAUUGGAGGUUGUGUCAUAUUAUUCAUAUUAUUGGACUAGGUUGUGUCAUAUUAUUGUUGUGUCUCAUAUUAAUUCUUCAAAUAGCUUUCAAAUUUUAAUGCUUAAAGUCUCGAGGAUCUUAAAAUUUAAUGCGAUAGUAAGUCAUUUAUUCAAGCAGAUUGAUUGAGCUUCAUGGUGUUUACACCAUUUUACUUGCUCAUCAAUGACCAUAGACUUUUUCUAGAAUAUCAUAGGGCAUAAAUUACAAACCGUUUGAGGACACAGAGAUAGACUAAGUCGAUACUUAGGUUAACAUGCGGAUUUGUUGCACAAUCUGUGUCUUUUUAACCAAUCGGAAAGCUGGUAAUUUUGCCCUGAUUUUUGUAAUAGACAGAGAGAAAUUACUUAUGCUUGCUGUAUCCAUGAUAUGGCUGAUGCAUUUUAAAAUUAAAUCAAAGAAUAAUCACAAUUGGCUUUCCAAUCUGAUACGAAUAUUGAUCUAUAAAAUUAUUUUAGACAAAGAAAGUCAAUUGUAAAAGCGGAACCUGAGUGAUGGGAUCUAAGAGAAUGUGUGAUACCGCAUGUGAGUAUUACACCAAAGUAACACGGCCAAAACUUCCUCAAAGCCAAUCAGAAUUCUGUAAUUUCUCCUGCAUAUAAGUUAGUGGUGCAUGGUCAUUUUGUUUUAUGUAACGAAGCUGAACACCUUGCAAUGAGCACCUAAAAUUAGGGCAAAAUUACAUUUUUCUGAUUGGUUGAGAGGACAACGGACUGCAUGAGCCUUUGUGUAGAUAUUUUCUUGUACAUGUUUAUUUUCUCAACAUAUAAACUGCACGUAAUCGACCGUUUCAUCAAUAGCGACACCAUCUUGAAAUCGCAAUGCAUUGUGCUAUAUUCAGGAAAUGCUACUCUUAUGCAUUGUGCUAUACAAUGGAAAUGCUACUCUUAUGUAACACAGACACAAUAAAAGGAUUGGCAAUGGAUAGCAUUUGAAGAGAGUUUUCAAAGUUAUUCAUUGUGAAAACAUGUGCUGCAGUAACGGUCUGUGUUGCUAGAUUAUUCAGCUUUUAUAGCCUGUGAAAUUCAUCCUAUUCUCAAUUUAAUGAUCAUAUAACUUUCUCUAACCUGUAAUGUAGGGCUCUGAUGGUUCCAUUGGAUUACAUGGAAGCAGAGGGAAGAAAGUAAGAGUUAUCUCAGUCUGUUAACAUUUAUGAAGUUGGAUAUAAAGUUACUGAACCAGGAUCAUAUAUACAUAGCAACAUGGGUCUUCAUGGUGCUGGUUCCAUAAUAUUAAUAUUCAGUUAAAGCAAGCGCCUCUUUUAAUGCAAUUAUAACAAUAAUAUAUUAAUACAGAGAGGUUAAAUCUCUGAUAUUUAACAGCAGUACUGCAAUAGUUCUUUUAGUUUGCAUUUAAAAUCCUUGUGUUAGAGCAGUUUUCUUCCUUUUUCAAAGGGCAAGAAAGGACGACCUGGCACUCGUGGAAGGAGUGGUCCCAAUGGAGAAGAUGUAAGAUACUAAAAAUAAAUAUUUGGGUUGAACUUCUGUCAUUACCUCUUGCUCCUUGUGAGUGACAUCGCUCUCUACUUCAGUAAUAGUUAUAUUUUUUCUUUAAGGGAGAAAGUGGAGAUGAUGGUCACAUGGGCUCAGCAGGUCGUGAGGUAAUUUAGAGUAUACAGAAGUUCUUUUGAAGAAGUACUGUAAUCAGACAAUUUAGAAGACUGCUUUUGAGUGAAUGGUUUACCACGUUAUUUAUUCUGAGUGUUUUUAUGUAAAAAUGACGAUUUUAGCAUGGUAUGUAUCCAACCUGGUUUUUUGUGCCUCAGUUCUUAUAUAAUGUAAGACAUUCAGAGAAUCGCUAAUGAAAGCACACAACUUUAAAUGCUCUUUAACUCUUUGAUGCACAAAUUCGGUCAGAAAAUAAGUAGAAGGUUCUAUUUCUCUCACAGGGUGUCCCAGGCCUGCAAGGUAUUUCUGGAGUUAUUGGACCUAAAGGUGAAGUGGUAUGUAUGUGGUUCUGAAACAUAGUCAACGAUUUAAAAAAAAUAGUUUAGAGUUCGUUGUUUUCAUUUUACACAAGACUGCAAUGCACCCUUUUUCUAAUGCAAAUUUCCUCCACCUCUUCCUGGGAGCAAAAAUUGGCACUCGGCAAAACACCUUGCAACGAGCACCUAAAAUUAGGGAAAAAUUACAUUUUUUCUGAUUGGUCGAGAGGCCGACGGACUGCAUGACAUUUUGUGCAGAUAUUUUCUUAUCACAGUACUCGGUCAAAUUCAUAUCCUGGACUGCUUAGGACUGGCGAUGAUGACUGGCACUAGUCCGAGUAAUGACUUUUUCCCCCCAGGAAGGACUGGAAAAAGAAAGAAUGAAAAUGGCGUGCUCUGAUUCAAAGCUAUGUUUUGCAGAAAUGCGCUCAAAAACUGUAACCCUGCUACCCACCUUGCUGAUAUUUUAAGGAAAUGUCGGCGUAGUAAAAGUGGGCCACGUUUUUACAAAAUCAGUUGCAAACUUCUUCACUACAUACUAGCCCCAUCAAUAGGUUCUAAAGUUUGCUUUUUACUUUGUUUAAUUGUGUCUGAUUAGUAUACUCUUUUCGAGAGCGAGUUUGUCCGUGUGGUAUAUGCAACCUGUGUGAAUGCUGCUUCUUGUCCUAUGUAGGGUACAGAAGGUUCACAAGGAGAAAAGGGAGGAAUUGGUCCAACAGGGUCAACGGUUAGUUCCAUUAGGCAGAUUUAGAAAGACGACGAGACAAACUUGACGACGCGAUCUCAAUUACAGCUCAAGAUUGAGAUCUAAGGAAAUUGAAGCUUUUUAAAAUAACCUUAUACAAACGGCGAAGUUCAGGAAAAACGAUCCUGUUUCUGCUUAUGAAGCAAAUAUUAUUUAACUCCUCUAACGUCGCAACAAGCAUUCACGUUGCUCCACUGACGUGAAAAUCUUAGUUUAACGUUGUAUUCAGAAUGACAACACUGUUGAGAAUACCCCUGGUACCACAAAUUAUUCAAACUUUUUGUUUUGCAUGAAGAAUUUCUUUGUUUCGGAAGACGCGUCUUUCAGUUCGCGUCGUGUUUUCUAAAUUAGUCUAUUUACAAUGAAAUGCGUCAGCUGUUAACAAUACAAGGAACAAAAGGCGCAGAACAUUCAUUCUCUUUAAUUUUAAAAUUUAAAUGAUGACAUUUUAAAUGCAUUCAUAAUCCAAUUGGAAAGAAUAAUAAUAAUAAAAGCAUUUAUUUUAACACGAUAAUUGUACAGCAUAGCUGAUGUGGUCAUGUAACCAACUAAGUAACAAAUGGAAAAGACAAGCUAGGCUGCAAAUAUUGUGAAAUAACGUGAAUUAUAAAAUUUAUUGAAAAACUAUAGUGGGUUAUACAACCACAACUUGUUGUCGUGCUUUUUAAUAUGCUUUUCUUUUUGCGUCUUAGGGAGUGUCUGGUAAAGAUGGUGAUCCUGGGAUUAUUGGUCCACAAGGUUUAAUGGUUAGUUUUGGCUACUGUGUGCUGCGUGACGUACACGGGUAGUGUUUAAGGGUGAUUUAUUUAUUCAAAACUAUAUUUUUAAUGUUGAUCUCUAUUCUGGGAGGCGAAUAUUCAUUUGUUUGCAUGGUGAAUAUUAACUUUUAUCUCUUAUUUUUAGGGCUCACCUGGAGAACGUGGUGAAAGAGGUGGUCGUGGUGUCGCAGGAGUUGAGGUUAAAAGUUCACCUUCAGUUUUUUGUGUCAGUAAAUCGGUCAUUAGGGCGUAGCACUAAUGAAAGCCCAGCCUGGUUUCCAGGCGUUACAUAUCGACGGUAACCAGACUAAUGGAACCUUCUUCCACAAUUAUUUGAAUUUAUUAUUAAACUUGCAACUUUUACAUAAAUGACAUAAAAAUAAAAAAGACGUUAGACGUAAAUUAUAAUUGAGUGGGGAGGACAUCCGAGAUGGAACUAAAAAGCUUAUUUUGAAUUUAGACGUAAUACAUACAAAUUCAUGUGCAUGUAUAUUUGCAUUUAAUUUACUUGAAUCAAAAGCGACAAUCCAUUCCAAAAGUUGUGUGUGUGUGUGUGGGGGGGGGGGACGAAGUGAGGAAGUCAAGCAAUGGACGUAAUUUAUUAUAGAUUCUAUCACGAAUGUCCAAAAAGUGCGGGGGGGGGCCUUCCCCCCAGGAUUGACGCCCUUGACAUGAAUGCUGAAUGAGUUAUGUGAUGAAAAGGACAUUGAACUAUUUUGAAGCAUUCACAUUCAAUUAAAAGAGUCGUAGAUAAAUAUAUCCAUAACUAGACCUACCGGCAGAAGAUUUCUUUCAAGAAUUGAAAAAUUCUAAACCUUAAACUCGUAGUAAAAAUUGUCUUAGUUUCGUCGUGAAAAUAUAAUCGAAGACCUUAGGCACUCUUUCUCCUAAGGCAAAGCAUUUGAACAUUGCAUAUAAAAACAUAUCUUUAAAGUUACCCGAAGAGUAUUAUUUUUCCAUGGAAAAAUAAACUGACCCAUCUGUAUUCUGUAGUUUACAAAUGUCAUGCAGUUGGAGUUCCUUAAUCACACUUUCAACUAGCUUUAUAUCUUUAUUAAGGGUGACGCUGGAGAUGUGGGAGUACCUGGAAAGGACGGUGCGGAUGGAGAACCGGUAUGUUACACUGAAAUUGAGCAUAGUGCAAACACAAUACACUGAUUCUAUUUUAUAUUGCAUGCAUGGGUAUUCUAUGAUUGUCAAUAAUGAACACAGGGGCACACAUUAAGGGGGGGGGGGAGUCCGAGUUCUCUUUGAGACUGUGUCAAAAGACAAAGUCGGUCCCGAUUUCCUGCUAUAAGAGUUAUUCAAUCCUGUCAGUAAAUUUAUGUAGACCGACAGGAAGAGGGUUUGGUGGCAAUAUGUUAUAAAUAUGUCAAUAUCAACAAAACCUGAGAACUUACAACCCAUGCAUUUGCAUAUUUCGGAUUCUCUUCCAGACAUACACAAACUUUUGCAAAAAAUUGUUUCUUUAAACUUUCGUACUGCUUUGUAGGAGGCGAGACCAUAUUAAAGGGCUGUGAGAUCUGCCAGGCGGGAUCUGCCUCCAUCUCAUUUUCGCCAAGACCAACAUUUGUAAUUAUGUUAAUGUUCAAAAAAAGUACUAAAAUGUUCUACGAAAUAUACAUCGGUAGCCUCAAAAUCGUUACCACAAAGAGUGAUAUUGAGAUUAUACAAAUUACAUUUUUCACAUCUUUUACGUUUUGUGGGCCUCCACUAAGUUUUUGCUGGUGUUGUUGAAGCUUCUUUCGAUAUUCCUAAACGAUCUUUGAUUGAUCAAUGCAAUAAAAUGAUUUUCCUGCUCUUAAAACUCGGUCUUAUCAUAUAGAUGCACUUAUAUGGUGUUUACUAUUUUACUCAUAGUCAUGUAUGUAUAUAAGGACGGAACAUUUGAUUUUUUAUGGGGGGGGGCGCCUUUUUGAAAGUGCUCGAUUUUUUUCUGGCCUCAUUGGCUCCGCACGCGAUAUUUUUUUCCAAAAUUUUGUAAUAUAUUGGUUUUACAAACGUGCCGUGCUUGAUAUUUUUUCAUCAGUUGGGGGCAUGCUCGAUAUUUUUUUCGGAUUUGCGCCCCUUCCCCAUCAAAAAUCAAAUGGUCCGUCCCUAAUGUCGUGCUGUUGCCAUUACUAUUCAAAAGUAAUCGAAACUGAAAUAUACCUUUUUAUUUUACUAUAGGGACCGUCAGGUGAUGAUGGUGCUAGAGGUGUAAACGGAGAAAAGGUAUAUUCACUUAACUAUAGCAUCAAUACACCAACUCUGUGAAUCUCGUUUGUUAUACUGUAGCUUCUAAUCUUUAUUUCGUAUAUUCAAGGGUGAAAGAGGUCCAGACGGCGUAUGUGGACCGGAUGGUCAUUCUGUAAGUAUUUAUUUCUGCUAUUACAAGUGUGUUGGAGAAUUUCUGUAUUUUGCGCCACCGUUAUUGUGCACAAUGGCGGAUACUUCGCGAAAUAGUCUGAGGUGAAUUUGGGUUGUCAUCAUAUUCCUACAAUUUUGUUGCUGCAAAUUGCAUUUUUUAAAACUUAAUUUGCUUGUUACACAUUUAUUUAGCCACCAUUCGAAGACCUUCAGAAAUUAUUGGGGGUAGGCCAGUUGCCCCCUCCCCUCCCCAGUCUCCGCCACUGAUUUUACAGCAAAAGAUGGUCAACCAGCAGUUAUCAGAAUGAGAAAAUAAUGACGUUAAAUUUAUCACUAUGUGCAGUAUUUUUGCAUUCAUAGCAAACCCACUAAUUGCAGGAGAGUAGAAGGGAGUCGAAUUUUUACCUUCGUCUUAACAAAAAUUCUGGACAUAUUUUAGGGCCUUGCUGGUUUCAAAGGUGCCGGAGGUGGGCGAGGCAAUGGUGGUCUCAAGGUAAUGUUUUUGAAAUAAUAGAGGAGCACAGGUGGCAACUCCCAAGAGUUAAGGCUCCUCUCGUAGGUCCAGGGUGGGGAGUUUACCUCAGUUAAGUAACUUACUUGUGCUUGAAAGCUCGUGUAAACCAUAUUAUAUUUGCAUGUUAGCCGCCAGGCCGUGAGUACUAUUUUACCAACAAUGCUUCCUAGAGCAUAAGGCUCAACUCGAUGAACCACAUACAGUAUACAGAGCUGACUCGCCAGAGACACUUUAGGAAGUUUGAGCACUUCCUUACUCAAAAAUAUAUACCACAAGAUGAGUUUCGAUGUAUAUGUUGUAUGCUAUUGAGUUGCCUGUAGUUGUUCAAACUAUACUUUAUAAUUGAUUUCCACAUAUUUAAUAAACUUUAUUAAUUUGUCGUUCGUUGUUGUGCUUAGAAGGUUAAAAUGUGUACAUCGUCUUUCUAUUAGGGACCUGCUGGGUCAGUUGGAACAACCGGAAUGCCGGGUAGCAAUGGAAAUCUGGUUAGUAUCUAGAGUGAGAAUUGAACCCUAACCAUCACUGACGUCUUGAGGAUGUGGUUUAGUGGAGGGGGUGUGGGUGGGGGAUCAGGCUGUAGUUAAUGUUAUUUCUUGCAUAUUUAGUGUAUAUAGGACAUUAAAUUAUAGCCGUUAUUAACACGUUUAUUUUUAUAGGGAAUGAAGGGGCCCUCUGGUAUAAUUGGCGAACGUGGUAGUAAAGGGAAAAGGGUAAAUUAUUAUUUUAGCAUUCUUAUAUAGUAUUGCUCAAUAUGUAUGCUUUUCUGACUGUCAUACAAUGAUUCUACGACGCAUCUAUAAGUGUGUUUCACUAAUAGGCCAUUUCCAAAUUACGGUCGAAUGGCCACAGACAAUAGCAUGCGAACGAGGCUUCGUGCCAGAUAGCCAUGUAAUGAUGUUUCUAUAGCAAAUUUACAACUAGAGCGUAAUUUGGAAAGUUAUCAAAGUAUAACUAUAUGUACUGAUCUUGUGUUUGGAAAACACUUGUAAUGGUAAUAUUUAACAUCAUUAGCUCCCAUAAAUUUGAAUUUGACCGUCAUGUGCAGCAGCAUGUAAAAGACUGUAAAGCAUGUAAAAGAAUGUAACCAACCUGCAUGUGUAUUGAAAUAUUAAUAGAAUAUUUUUGUGACUGUUUUAAAGGGUGAUGCGGGUCAAAAAGGUGACCGAGGUAUAGGUGGAAGUGCUGGAUCCAAGGUAAGACAACAAAUGAUAUUUCAACCUCGUAUCCAGGGUUUCUGCUCUUGUGAGAGCCACAAGGGUACGAUCAUUUCUUGUUGGUGGCGAAAUAUUGGGAUGCUAAAAAGGUUGCCAACAUGUUACCGCAUUUCAAAUUUCAGUCCUUUAAUUUUAAAUUGUGUUUGCUUAAAUUGCCCCCACCAGUAUUGCAAUGAAUUACCAAUAAGGGAAUGGGUACGUGCUUCAAAUGUUUUAGAAUCAUCUGGAUUUAGAAUCAUCAUUUGUAGCUUAACGUUCCCUAGAAAUUGUUUAGAACAACCAUCAUCAUAAUUUUUGCAGGGUGAAUUGGGUCCAGAUGGGGUCCAAGGAGAUGCCGGAACAAGCGGUGAUAAGGUAUGCAAACAAUUGUCACAUUAAUAAUCAUAGAUAUUUAGCUUGGCAGUGAUUUUGAUAAAGUAUAAGUUGUAAUUGAUCGUUGAUGCACGUCAAUGAUAACAUCCAGUAGUAACAUAUUGUUCCUUCUAUUGCUUAAAUUAAAUUAAAUUAAAUUAAAGUAAACGCAAUUUUCAAUGUAGUAGUGUUAUGUAAAAUGAUUCGUGCAAGCGUUUUACAGGCGUAUAUAGUAUUAAUUAUCAUCCACCUGUUUCUUGAUGUUUAGGGACCUGCUGGAGAACGCGGAAGAGCUGGAGGCCCUGGCCGACGUGGAAAACAGGUAAAAUAAACAGAGAUCUACAUUUGCUUCAUCGACAAUAAAUUACAUGUUUAACCGUGAUUAAUUUAAUGAUAUUAUAAAUUAUAUUAAUGAUAUUAUUAUUGAAUAUCACUAGGGUGAUCGUGGAGAUCCUGGUUUGCAGGGUCAAAGUGGGGAGAAUGGUAAACCGGUAAAGUUUACGUUAUACUGUACAUGUAUUUAUAUAUAAGCUGGAUUAUUGCUAACCCUGGGUUAAAAUUUAACCCGCCGUUGUAGUUUGUGUGUUUCUGUACGUCUGUUUAUUGUAAAACUUUAAAAAAGAAAACACUUAAUAUUCAUGCAGACAAGGUUUUUGAAGAAAUAUUUCCAAGUUUAUAAACUAGUUGUUAAGAAGUUUCCUUUGAAUCCAGCUUUGAAUAACCGACCCUUGGACAAUGAAUGGUACAUAUAGUGUCUAAUUACCAUCAUUUAGCAUUGUUUUCUUCAAUGUAGGGUGGUAUUGGCAAGCUUGGCGUGCAGGGUGAGCGUGGAAAUGCUGGAGCUAAGGUACAUUUAAUUUAACUUGCUAACUUAAGGUGGCUCCCUACAAUUUUCUAAAAUUUUAAGUAUUUUAGGUAACCUUCGUUUUCCACCAAAUUUGUAUUGAAUACAUGCACUUAAAACAGGGCAACAUGAUAAUUUCCUGGAAAGUUUUGAAGUCUUGUUCUGUCGAUAUAUGAACAAAUUGGAACGGUGUUAGUGUUGCCAUGGCAACCAUGACGUAUUUAUCUCUUACACUUUUAUUAUCUAAUUUCACAAUCAAAGGUCAAUUUUUCUAAAACUUUUUUGACGAUUUAUGGUUGAUAUAGGAAUAACAUACUAAAAUUUGAAGGGAGAUUUAAAAGGCAGGUUUCGAGAUAUUCAUGAUAACGACUACCGAAAAUCCGUCUCGUGGAAUUUCUUAAAUUGUUGAUAUGUUUUACUGAUCAUCAUGCUUAGCAAAUGUGCGCACUUUAAAAAACAUUCACUAAAGGAAACGUGAGAAAAAGAACCCUAAAGCACAGAGUAGAGACAUACACAGACGUAACUAGUGUACCCACUUUUUUUGUGCGCGUGCUCGGCAAGUUACUAGAUGCAUGCAUCUGAUUGGAUGAUGACCUCAGUGAUGACGACUCACUUUAAACCUGCUCAGCACGCGCAUUUUUCGCCCGGUCACCUGAAAAAAAAUGGGUACAUGAUAACGUCACAGAAUAGGGUACACAGAAGGCCGACUUCUUGGUUUUUCCUAUGAUUUUCCUAUGAUUUUGGCGUAACCCGUAAUUCGUCAUCAAAUGCUGACGCCAUGGUCCUAGCCAGUGCGCGUUUGAGAGGCAUACACCCCCCUGAUAAUAUUCAAAAUGGCGGAUGUCCAGGGGGGGAAUGCCUCUCAAACGCGCACUGGCUAGGACCAUGGCGUCAGCAUUUUGAUGAUGAAUCAUGGCGUGGCAGCGGUUACUCGAGUCGCCCUUCUGUGUGCCUUAUUCUGUGAUAACGUAAUCUUCCGCAGUGUUUACAACGGUCAGUUACGUCUCUGUAUGUCUCUACUCUGUGCCUAAAGUCCAGUUGAAGUUGCUGACGUGACAAAUACGAAUUCAAAUACGCGCUUGCUACAUAGAUUCCUAUUUCCGUAGUUUACUGUGUAUUGUUGAAAGAAAAUUUUUAAAAGUUUUAUUAUUUAUUUUUCGUUUUCCCUUUAUUCAGGGUGAAACUGGUGGUCGGGGUUUACCUGGUCUGGCUGGAAUGAGGGGUGCGGAUGUAAGAUUACUUUACUUGUGAAACUUGGAUAUAUUCAAUAUAGUAUUUCCUUGUAUUUUACCAUGACAUAAUGUUCAAUUUCAAUAAUUGUUUUUUUCUUAUAGGGUUUCCAAGGCGGCCGAGGAGAAGCCGGGAAAACUGGAGGAGAAGGCGUUGUUGUAAGAUUUUUGAAAAUUAUGUUUCUUGUAACUUCUAAAGUAUUCCAUGCGACUCUAAUUUACAUAGACCCGUAGAAAUCAAGCUAUUGUCACAGAAUAAAGACAUACAGAAGUGUAUCUUCUUAUUAAAAGUGCGUAAGGGAUUUUUUCAGUUCGCCAUGUUCUUAGCAAGUGCCCUAAAGAAAGGCAGUCACCCAACCUCGUUCCCAGGGGAAAAGGCCCUGGGAACGAGUUUGGCAGUCACCCCCUGAAAACGUAUUGAAAAUUUAAUAUUCCAGGGGGGUGAAUGCCUCUCUUUAGGCCACUUGCUAAGAACAUGGCCGCCAGCUAUUUCGGUAAAAAAGCGCCUUACGGUUUUGUAAUGGAAGUUACACUUCUGUAUGUCUUUAUUCUGUGCUAUUGUUGUUAAGCAUGUCUAUAGCAUAGGCCCAUAGGCGUAUGAGGCCGGGGGGGGGGGAGGAGCUCCCAAUUUGGACAGUUUGGACAGAAAUAACCAAUACGUCGGGAAAUUUGUAGUUAAGUGUUGGACAAUUUUUCUGUUUCGUUGAAAUCGAUUUUUAUGCCAACAAACAGUAUUACGGAGAAUAAUUGUAUUUACAUUUUUACUUACAUUUUCUGACAUACAUGUAAGUUCACCAUAUAUAUUUCUGACAUACCAUUCACCAUAAAUAAAUAAUUUAAUUAGUCAUCAGUCUUGCUUUUCUUUAAAGAAUAUUCCUAAUAUUUCUCUCAAAAUUUCCCUGGGGAGCAUGCCUCCGGAACCCCCUAGCCAUUAUAUAGGGCCUCCGGGCCUCGUCGGGCGGACUGUCAUCCGCCACCCCCCCCCCCCCCCCUAGGCCCAUACGCAUAUGAUUUAGCACAGGAUUUUAUGCUCCUGGGAAUAUACUUAUUCUAACAAUAGCUUGUAAUGAUUUCUAAAGGUUUUUUGUACACCCUGUAUAAUUACAAGUUUUACAACAAUUGUCAAUAAUUUCGUAGGGUGGCCCUGGAACAUUGGGCGAUCAAGGACCAGUUGGUUUGUCUGGUAAGCGGGUAAGUUGAAUGCUCCUACUAUAUCCAUCUCUUCUGCCGCCAAUCGCCAUCCCCGUAUCUCCAGCUCCAUAAUAGAGACAUUACGAUGUGGGACGGCAACGUGACGACGACGGCUAUUCAUACAAUGAGAUUCCUAAUAUUUAAGGGGGGAAAUGAAUAACUAAUGUCUCACGGGAGUUUGAGACGCCCAGUUGACAACGGGAAAUUACAGACUUUUACGUCUUGGAUAAAACGCCUGCAUUUCAAGACGCGAGAAGUGAUACUCAGCAAAUUAGCUCAGUACUACAGCCACUAUUUUAAGCUAACCAAGCAAUAUUAAGUUGAUACGAUCAAUAAUAUUAUUGUCUACAAACUUUCUUUACAAUAAUUUAUUUGAAUGAUUUAUUCUGGCCGUUGCGUUGCCGUUGUACAUCGUAAGGUCUCUAAUGUGUCUGUCCUACUUCUCAUCUCGUCCCAGCCUUGCUUCCUUCACCUUCUCUGUAUGUCUCGACACAUUAGUACAUCACGAAUGCAGCUUUGUUUUAAUGUCUUUGUUCAUAUUGUUUUAUUUCAGGGUGACCAAGGAGCAACUGGGGAUCAAGGUGUUCGCGGGAAAGAUGGUCGUAAGGUAUGUUGUGCAAUAUAUCCUCUAGGGAAGCACUGGAUCGAAACAACAUUUUAGGUUCAACAGGAGUUCUUCGAAAUAAAGAGGUCACAUAAUCCACCUUUCAAAACGAAAGAAAUGGCAUUGGAGAAUGUACAUUAUUUGUACAUUUUUAAGAACAUGACCCUACAGGCUACAGCUCUCGUACCACUCAGUCGUAAUAUUUAUUGCCAACACACAAUAAAUAAUUAAUAUAAUUAAUAAUAUUAAAUUUAUUAUUAAUAAAUAUUUAUUGCCAACACACAAUAAAUCGCAACUAAGCCGCGACCGCAACCAUCUUGUGAGCUCACUUUUGUGAGGUAUCCUAUUCCAACGCAAUAAAAUGAUAUAUCAAAUAAAUAUAUAAAUUAUGGAUAUAUACAGUUAGAUAUCCAUUAUCCAGGUUUUAAAACAAGGUUGUGCGCUAAGAUCAUGGUGAUUUAAAUAGUCAACUCAGCAAUUCCUGCAAUGACUAAACAGUUUUAUCUAUUUUACGCGAAUGACUGUUCUUGUUUCAACAGGGAUUUCUAGGUCCUGUAGGAUACAUUGGUGAUCGUGGACAGCCAGGGCCUCCGGUAAGUAGAGAAAAGAAUGAAAUUUUACUCUUUGGUCUUAGUAUGAAUAAUGCAAAACUUCCAAUCCUGGUAAAAAAUACUCCGCACUCUUUACUUAGCAAUGUGUCUGUGUAAUAACAUAUAAUUUAACACAGAAUGGUUAGCCCCCGCUCCUUUACGAUGUUGGCUACACAUUAACAAUAAUAAUCUGACAAAAGUCAACAUUGAAAUUGGAGGAGGGAGGAAGAAGGGGGAGUUAUAGUAACUUAAACUCGGAAAACCAAAUUUGUUAUUUACAAGCACAGUGGGCCAAGGUUUGGACCAGGAUUGUGUGACAGCCUAGUUGGAACACUCGUCAAACCUUCAUUUUGUUAAUCAGGAGGUUGAAAUGACCCGUGUAACAAUGUGUUGCUGGCUGCAUCCUAUGCUGCCCACCCAUGUGUGACUCUAACUCUCAUUCUCCUCCGGAUUAGAGUUUGGAUUAGGAUUAGGUUUAUAUUUGGAUAAGUUUAGGAUUACGUUUAGGUUUAGGAUUAUAGGGUUGGGAUUAGGAUUAUAAGAAUGGGAAAUAGUUUAAUAUGGAAAUUGUUUCCGUUUUUCUCCACACAGGGUGAAUUGGGUCCACCUGGCAAGCAGGGAGAUAUUGGUGCACAAGCAGGACCAGUAAGUAAACUGACAGUGAAGUAAGGCUACGUUCACACGAAUUCGUCCGGUUCCACUUCUUCACUCUCCGUACUGUGCUCUAAUUUGCCGCUUUCAUACGUCACGUGUGGACGAAAUAAAAUUUGGGUACGGUUCUAAAUUUAUCCGAUCUCGAACGAAGCCUGUAAACGAAACCUGUGAACGAAGCUUGUGCAUGAAGGAAAAUUAUAAACGAAGCCAGUAAACAAAUCCUGUAACCGAACCUUAUGAACGAAGCCAGUAAACAAAUCCUGUAACCGAAACUUAUGAACGAAGCUUGCGUGAAAACGAAGUUCGUGAACGAAGCUUGUGAACGAAGCUUGUAAACGAAGCCUGUAAAUGAAACUUGUGAACGAAGUCUGCGUGAAAACAAAGUCUGUAAAAGAAGCUUGUAAACGAAGCCUGUAAAAACGAAGUCUGUGAAUGACGCCUAAGUUAUAAAGCAACGGAAAAAGAAAAACGCUCGAAGAUUAGUUCAAUAGGCAAAUAUAUAUAAUUAUAUACCAUUUUCUUUUACAAAAUCUUUACUUUAUAUCUUAGUCCUCUUUGGGAAUAUUGUUAGAAUGUUUUAUGCACGUAGUUUACUGUCAACGACUUUGUUUCACAUUUGAAUUUUCUAACACCAACGUUUCUUCGUGUUAAAGGGUGCUCCUGGCCCUACUGGUGAGCCAGGAACUCAAGGCAAACCUGGACCCAGGGUAAGUCUAAUGUAUACAGUAUAUUAAAUCCGGAAAUACCUUGAUGAUUUGACCACUGAGUUUAAAUCUAGGAUCGAUUAAAUGCAAUUUUCCGUAUUGUAUCAUGAAGUUCCGUAGUGAGUAAAUAUAACUAUGAUAUAACGAACUGAAACGGCUGUACGUUAACACUAAGUGUAAUUUUAACUUUUAAGCUACUUAAAAUCUGGGAGAAAGUGUAGCACUCCUCAGCAAGUAAAUGUGCUUUGAGAGAAUUUCUUUGCAUAAAAUCAAUUACAACAGAUGUGUUUCUUAAUAAUGUACUCUCAUCAAUUUUAAGCUUGUGUACAUUGUGUCAAAUGGAUGAAAGGUUGCUACUCGUGGUAAAUGGAGAAAAUUUUCAUAUAAACUAUCGCUUGCCAACUCUCUUCUUCAUUUGAGCAUGUCUUUCCUCAAGCUGACCAGUAGCCUGCCCGCAGGUGACCAGGCGAUCGCACGCCUGGCAAUUCCAGUAGUGGUAUCUAGCACUUCCAACAACUUAUUAGGCAUAUAAAAUGAGCCGGAUCCCGACCCAAUCCAUUCUAUCGAUACAAAUAUUUUACCAGCUUACAAUGUGUGGAUGGAUCACGUAACACAAAGUAACUCAAAUUGUGCUCUUUAUUACAGGGCAACUUUGGAUUAACCGGACCGACCGGCCCUGUUGGUCCACCUGGUGCCACGGUAAGACUUACAUUAUUGUACCUGCACUUGUCCACUUGGAUAAAUUUGCAAUUGUUUUAUGUCAUAUACGUAUGAGGCUUUUAAUGCUCUUGCAUGUAUUAUAGGGAAAAGAUGGCAAUGCAGGGAAGAACGGAAAAGAUGGUCAAACAGGAAAUCAGGUAUUAGGAAUUUAACUAAAUUGUAUAAAAGAAGAAUACUAUAAUAAGUUCUUUGUAGGAUUGCAUGGCGAUAAAACAUAUAAUACUUUUUGUUUGUGGAAACACCACGUAAAUUUAUUACUGCCAAGCUUUCGAUCCGUAAGCCUCUUCAUCAGUGCUAAUAAUAUGUGCUAAUAAUAUGUGCAAAUAAUAUGCACUAAUGAAAAUCUGGGCGUAUACGGAUCGAAAUCUUUGCAGUAAUAAAUUUACGUGGUGUUUCCACAAACAAAAAGUAGCCUAAGAAUGCCAUACCUAUACUUACUAAGUUAUUUAAUAAUUUUCCAUGCGGAGUUAUGAGCAGCUCAGACUUUUCUGUUAACUUUGUAAAAUAUUUGGGGUUACCAAUGAAAAAUGUUUUGCUAAUAUCUAAAAUAUAUUUAUAGGGUAAAGAAGGACCGAAAGGAAUUCGCGGAGGGCCUGGAUCGACAGGAAAAUCCGUAUGUGAACACUAAAUAGAAGCUAAUGUAUUGUAUUGUCUCUAAUUCGUGCAUGCUCAACAUUUAACUGUUACAAAUAAUGCUGAAGAAAUUAAGUAAGGAUAAAAAUGUGCUAUAAAUAUCAAUGUGCGAUUUUUCGACUUUGCAACUAUCAAUCGUUUGUGCGUUGACAAUGACGCACAAGAGCAGGUUUAAAAAUUUUCACAUUUCCUUUCAUAUCGAUUCUACAUGAUGUGAUAAUUUUGAGUUGAAUUUUAUUUUCACACUGAGUCUUUCUUCGUGACUCUCAUAUAUUUUCUUUUCUUUACCAAUCGACCAGGGAAAAAGCGGACUGCCUGGAAAUUCUGGUGAUGCAGGAGUCUCUGGAUCUCGGGUAAUUAUUUACGUUCGACAGCACGGCACAGUGGCGUAGGAAGCAUCAAAAGAUUGGGGGUCACCGGCUUCCAUGUUGGUGAGGGGGGGGGACGGACGGGAGAAACAUUUUCCGGUCAUACCACAUUUCAUGCGCAAUAUAAUACAUUUUCUUACAUUUUCGAAUUCCAAACAUUCAAUACGUUUUUGACCAAAUGUUUUUUAAAAACAUCGAAAUUUCCUCACAAGAAGGGCACCUUCGAUGAUAAUAAAGGGCACUUUUCAUCACAAAAAAGGGCACUAUGAACAAAUUUGGGGGGUGGGUUUCGUAUCGCCUGCGCCCCCCGGUUCCUACGCCCUGGCACGGUAUGAUUAUAAGGUUUUGAGAGCUAAAUAUAUUUUGAGUGCACUUUAAUGAUGGCUGUAUCUCGUUGGAAAUUUAGAUAGAAUUCGUCCAAUGACUAAUCUGGAUUGGUUAUCCAAGUUAAAUAGUCUGCAUUGUGUUGUAGGGUGAAACUGGAGAUCUUGGUGCUCCUGGACAACCUGCAGAAAAUGGUGUGGGUGGGACAACUGGACCCAAGGGAAGAGAGGGGCCACCGGGAGAAUAUGGAUUGCACGUAAGGAAUACUUGAUGUUACUUUGGACUAAUUGAAGGGCAUUUGCUUAUUUCCACAGUAGGAUUAUUUUUGAUGGUACUAUCUACCUUUUUCUACGCUCUUUAUAGGUCACUAAAAUUCUGAUCAGUCAUUAAAAGUAAAAUAAUCCAGUUUGGUUGAUUUCAUGACCGUGAUUAAUUAGUCUUGAUCUGCAUGCGUCUCUACAUUAACGAAUAAAUAAAUAAAUAAAUAAAUAAAUAAACGGAAAUAAGUUCUAAAAUUUUAACACUAACGUCAGCAUGUUCUAGCAAAUCGUGUUUAAAAUGCUCAAAUAUUAUGCAAAUUACAUUGAGACUACUUGAAUCGAUUGUGUGUCUUAUAUUUUUCACACUCGGUCCGCUCUCAUUACCUGCAAUCGAUCAGUUAGUAAAUAAGACUCCAUUGUUUUAAAUGUUUAGGGACAAGCAGGCAGUAAAGGUUUCAAAGGAGAUCCUGGGAACGAAGGAACGAAGGUACGCGAAGGACUGACAUUAUUAUACAUGAUCUGCAUUUUUAAAAAUCUUCUAUCUUUACAAUGACAUUGUUCUAAUCACAGGCGGCCCAGACGUGGGUAGAGUCGUAUGUAUUAGUAUCAGUAUAUAGUAAAUAUAUAAAUAUUAUAGUAUACAAAUAAUGAAUGUUUCUUCGUGCAAUGGUAAGAAUAUUUUCAUGAGGUGAAAGAUGGAAUGUUCCAUUCAACGAGGCGACAGCCGAGUUGAAUGGAACAUUCCAUCUUUCACCGAAUGAAAAUAUUCUUACCAUUGCACGAAGAAACAUUCAUUAUUUGUUUUAUAUAAUACCAAAAGUCCAGAACAGACUAAUAGAUUCGUAUGAGAAGCAUUUUGAGGGAUGCGAUUUAUCGAAAACACAAAGAGUGCAAUUGUACUAUACGUUUUAUUCCAUUCGCGGAGAGUGCAAUGGAACGUGUUCCAUUGCACUCUUGGGAAAUGGAAUUUUCUAUUCAAUAUCACGUGACCAUAAACAGCCAAUUAAACGAUUAGAAUUUAAUAAGGUAUUAUAUAAAAUAUACUAUACAGUAAAAUUUGUAAUGAAUUUUAUAUUUUAAAAUUAUAUUUACUUGCCUAAUUUGAUUGUAUGUGAUCGUCUUUUAUUUCUGGGUGACUAUGAUGACAGUCGCAGGCAUAGAGUGUAAACUAUAUUUAUAUAUUUACUAUAUACUGAUACUAAUACGACUCUACCCACGUCUGGGCCGCCUGUGUUCUAAUACGUGAUUGUGGUGAAGUGGCUUUGCAAAUGUCUGACUUUUCUAAAUCCUUUGUGACGAUGACUUUUAGAAAUUAAAGUCUCAAAACUCGUUUUGUUUAAUCAGGGCCUACUUAACAUAUAUGCUUGGGAGCUCAUAUAUGUUGGCCCCCAGUACUCAGUAGCCUGCGUGUCAGGCUCUAUGCUUGAAAUAGAGCCUGCUACUGAAGUCAAUAAAAAGUGGAUUUAUGCAUACGAAUCGUACGCAAAAUGUGCCGUUAUUGUCAUAUUUUUAAUUAGCGCUGAUAAUCUAAUUAACAAUCGCCGUUUUGAUUGGUUAUUAUUUUCGUGCAUCCAAAUCACUGUCCACUUUUUAGUGACUUCAAAGUUCAAAAGCAGGCUCUAUUUCAAACAUAGAGCCUGACAUGCAUGCUAGCCCCCCAGUGCAUGAAGAUCCUUUUUGUCUGAAAUGUAAGCAAUAACGCCAAUAACAUGCAGGAAAUCCAGCCCUGCAUGGCCAGACCAAGAACCAACCUCGUUCUCAGGCUAUUCCCUGCCAGACCCCCAUAUACAAGGUCGCACUUUUGCAGUUCACCACCGCCCACUCCCCUCUGGACGAAUUGUUAAAAAGACUCUGUGUUUAAUUCAUCCUGUGAAUUCAUAUUAUUUAAUACUUCUUAUUUGGAAUAUGUUUUUUUAUUUUCAGUGCUAUAACCUUACUUUUUAUAUAGUUGUUAUUGUCGUUAAAAUACUCUGUUUAGUAUAUAGUACUAUGUAUCUUAAACUAUCACACAAUUUUUACAUUUUCACAUUCUAGGGUAUCAAAGGUUUACAAGGCAAGAAAGGUUCUGCUGGAUCUGACGGACGAAAGGUAUAGAGUGCAAGAGUGUUUUUUUUUUUACAUUUCUUCGGAUUGUUAACUCUUUUCUUUGAUGUAUUCUACUUCUUCGUGGAUUUGGCAACGUUCUUCGUUGAUUGUUAGCUUCUAUUCUACUAUGAUCGUGUUUCUCUUCCUAAUUUUAAUUGUAACGUUUUGAGCAAUCUGACUAAAAAUCGUUUAGCGGGCGUUGCAUAUACUUUUCGUUGUUAAUUUAUUCAAAUUUAAAACAUAUUAACUCCAUCCACAAUAGUCAAUACCUUGAUUUGGGGGUGGAAGCGGGAUAUUUUUACCUUUGUUUAAAAUAUUCAUAUUGUUCUCAAGACUCGAAACUCUUUUUAUAAACUUUAAUUUAACAAAAAUAAACGAAAAGAACAAUAAUAAAAGUAAUAUUUCCUUCAUAAAAUCUCACGAACAACGUUUUUCGAACGUCCUUAAAACCCGUUGCCUAGCAACCCCUCAUUGGACAUAGGUUGCCCAAGUUUACUGUUUUCGAAAUGUCAACCAUAAAAUGUCAACUACGAAUUAACUACAAAAUACAGUUAUCUUAACAACAUUCCCCCUCCCCGCACUGCGUAGAGUGCGUAUCUAAACUAACUGUUCAACUAACACUGUUCCAUCAGUUUUCUUGAAACAGCGGUACUAACUUGUGUAUUGGUCGAACUAAGGUUCUGUCUCCGCACUGAACUUUUGCCACUCGCGUGUGACCGUCUUUUCCAGGAUACAUCUCGAUGAUCCGUCCUAGAGGCCAUCGACCUCUUGGUAGGUUGUGAUCUAACGCAAGAACAACGUCGCCCGUUUUCAUGUCGUUCACUAUUUCCGUCCACUUCGGACGCUUGUUUAAUGUGGGAAGGUAUUCUUUCAACCAUCUCGUCCACACCUGAUUGAGUAGUUGUUGCAUUCUUCGCCACCGAUUCCGUAAGUUAAAAUUGGUGUAGUCAACCGAUUCGGGAGCCACUUCUCCACCCACUUGCCCGUGUAGGAAAUGGUUUGGUGUCAACGGUGUAACAUCUUUUGGGUCUGUCGUCUGAUAGGUUAAGGGACGGGAGUUGACCAGACUUUCGGCAGCAGUAAAUGCGGUAAUCAAUUCUUCGUCUCGAAUGUCACUGUUUCCCAGGACCGAAUAGAUAGCACGUUUCGCCGACUUGAUCAUCGCUUCAUGUACUCCUCCGAAAUGCGGAGCGGCUGGAGGGUUAAAAUGCCACUUUACUUUGUUGAAGAGGUGGUUUGUCUUCUGCUGAAUACGGUUUGGGUCUAAUUUUCCCACCAAAUCUCUCAAUUCAUUUACGGCUCCCACGAAAUUAGUUCCAUUAUCACUUGUAACUUCGGACGGUACCCCUCGUCGGCUAGUGAAUCGAGUGAAAGCAUUUAGAAAACUCUCCGUGUCCAGUGCCCAGGCCAUUUCCAAAUGGAUAGCUCUUGUCGCAAGACACGUGAAUAAACAUAACCAUCGCUUUUGACGCUGUCUCCCCCGGCCUUGCACCGUGAUAAAAGGUCCUGCGUAGUCCACAGCGCUCUGGUCGAAUGGACGAAAGGUAAAUCUAAGACGAACUUUUGGAAGUGGAGCCAUUAUUUGUGUCGCAAGCUUCAUCUUCCUCUUUUUGCACUCGUUACAUUCGUUCUCCCAGCUUCGAAUCUCUUCCCGUGCUGCUAUUAUCCAGAAUCUUUGUGACAGUUGAGCCAAAAUGAAGUUCACACCCCCUGUGUGAUUUGCUCUUUCAUGGUAAUGUUUAACAAUUAGUUUGGUUACGUGGUGACCUCGGGGUAGGAUUAUGGGGUGCUUUACGUCAUACGGAAGGUAAUCUGCAUACGUUAGUCUGCCAUCCAUACGAAUGAUUCCAUUCUCAUCAAUUCGAGGUGAUAGUUUAAUCAAAGGACUCUUGGGUGAGAUUGUUUUGUUGCUCUUUAGGGCUUGGUACUCUUCGGAAAAGAUUUCUAAUUGUACGUUGCGAAUGAUAUCUUCUUCUGCGUCCUGAAUUUCUUCUGGCUGUAGCGCUUUUCCAAAUACCCGAUUUGUUUUCUUCUGCAUGUUGCACAGAACUCGGACGACUCGUGCAUAAAUGCAAACCAGACGCAUCCACGAUGAGUACCGAUUGGGGCUUAAUCUCCAUUCGUCUGUUGUCGCGUUCGUUGCGGGAUUUUGUGGUACUGGACUUCCAUGACUAACUAAGACAGUAGGCUUCCUGCUUUCUUUCAUUUCGGUUGGAGGGCUAUUGUCAACAACUCUUGGCCACUUGUCUUCAUCCUUCAACACCCAGUCAGGACCAUUCCACCAUAAUGAAUUCUCUUUGAGGUCUUCAGCGUUUAUACCACGUGAUAUAAGAUCUGCAGGAUUCUGCUCCGUAGACACGUGUUGCCAUUGUUGAGGAUCACUAAACAUCUGUAUUUCACCGACUCUAUUAGCCACGAACGCACGAAAGUCCUUUCCAUGACCUCGUAUCCACCAAAGCACAUCGAGACUGUCCGAAUAGAAUGUUACGGUGCUCAUAGGGAUUUCCAAGACUCCAAUAACUGUUUGUGUCAAUCGUAGACCUGUUAUUGCGGCCAUUAACUCCAGACGCGGUACGGUGACUGGUACCAAGGGAGAAACUUUGCUCUUUGACGCCAAUAGACGACAUGUAGGAGGAUAGGAUUGCUCAUACUCGAACCGGGCAUACACUGCAGCACCAAAUGCACUUGUUGAAGCGUCAACGAAGGUGAUCAACUUGAAGGAUGUAAUUGUCAAUGCAAGUCUAAUACAACGAGAAAUCUUCACUUCUGCUAAAACGGAUAACUGAUUAAGCCAAGACUGAAUUUGGUUUGCUAUGUCGUCAUGUAUUUCAUCAUCCCAAUCAUACCCUCGGCUCCACAACGAUUGAAGCAACAUCUUUCCUUUUAUGAUCGCCGGCGAAAUCAGACCGAGAGGGUCAAAGAUUGUAGCUAUCUUCUUUAGGACGUUUCGUUGUGUUACCGACACGAAUGCAGUCAUUGGUGGUGCUGGAACGGAAAGGGUGUCUUCUUCGCUGAACCACAAAAUACCUAACGUUUUAGUCACUGGUUGUUCUGCGUUUCGAAUCACCAGUUCAGAUGCUCGAUGCUCUUCUGGAAUAGCUGCCAGAACUUGCUUUGAAUUAGAGACCCAUUUCCUGGCUUCCAUACCAGCAUUCUUCCAUAGCUCUUGCAGUUCCUUUUGAAUAGUCUCGGCUUUGGCUUCGUCCUCGACGCUAUCGAUACUAUCGUCCAUGUAUAUAGACUUCAGAACUGUUUCAGCUGCUAGUGGAUAACGAUCUUGAAAACGACGAGCAUUUUCUUGGGCGACAUAUUGCGCUUCCAUAGGCGCCGAAUUUUUCCCAAAUACGACUCGUGUAAAUUCAUACUCAUCAGGCUCCCGGUCGCUCUCGUAAUCUCGCCACAAGAUUCUAAAGUACGGACGAUCUUUCUCUUCUAUCUCGAUUUGUAAAUAUAUCUCUUUUAUGUCGCAGGCAAUUCCAAUUGGAUUUCGCCGAAAACGUACGAGGACAUCGAACAGUUCGGUUUGUAACUUGGGACCAGCAGAGAUUGCAUCGUUCAGCGACACGCCUUCGCACUUUGCCGAGCAAUCGAACACUAUGCGCACUUUAGUUGUUGUUUUGUUUAACUUGACUAUCGGAAAAUGUGGCAGAUACCAAGACGAUGGAGACGACAUUUCUUCGGGAGUCAACUUUCGUAAAUAACCUUUUUCAAUGUACGAUUUUAUUGUUUCUUCGUAUUCUUUCCUAACAAAGUUAACUUUGUUGUUCAAACUUCUUUCGGUGCCUUCCAGACGUUCAAGGCAUAUUUUAAGGAAUUUAAAGUGGUGGGCCAAAAUUUACGGUAGGGCCCCCGCGUCCCGCCCUGCCGGCCCAGAGUAUUGAAUAUUUGUGUAGUAAUCGUGUUGAAACGCUUCCUGAACUUAUUGAGUAUAACAGUGUCACAUUCAGCACAUAUUUAUUAUUUCUAGUUUCUACACUACAGAGGGGUACUCCGCUAACUCCGGUACUGGCGUACUGGCUACUGGGGUAUCAUGCCAUCAAGGGCAUGGGUGACAAACCCCAGUUCUGA